AUGAAUACCGGUGCUCCACCUUUCACUACGACUGACUCGUCUCCAUCGAGACGCGGACUUGCAUCCUCGAGCGCUGCCACCUCCACGUCCGCAUCCUCUCCAAGAAGCAGCGCUGCGCUAUCCACCCAGCCAAGAGACUUCCGCACAUCGCUGUACGACCAGAACGGAUCACAGUCUCCAGGCGCGGCUCGACAUGGCUCGAUCGGCGCCGAUGCUUCACCGUCGAGACCGAGCAAACCCAAUCGAUCCGCCAGCGCCUCCACAACGACGCCCUCCGCAUCUUCGCCGCUACGACGCAAGACCAACAUGAGCAACGACAAAGCCGAAAAACGACGGAGCAGUCGAGCCUGCCUCGAAUGUCGCCUCGCCAAGACCAAAUGCCACGUCACUGGCAGCAAGUUUAUCUGCGACCGAUGCGCCAAGUUCUCUUUCGAGUGCAGAUUCGUAAGACACCACAGAGGGCGCAAGCCCGUGUCGAAGCUUGCUUCCAUUGACGCAGAUGAUCCGGAUGCGGGCGUCGGGUCGUCGAGACUUGGAGCUUCGGACGACGACAUGGGUUCGGAGCACGACAGCGACUCGGUCAACGAGGACGCCACCUUCAAGUCCGACUCUGCCGCGGUCAACGAGGAUGACUUCCACGCCGCAGACGAUACGGACGGCGACACAAGCAGAUGGGACAACGCUCCUCCCGCUGCGUCGGCAGGUACCGACUCACCCCUGAGGAGAGGUAGAGACGCUAUUGCGAGCAGAUCGGGCGGAAGUCGUGCCAACAGCAAAGCCAGACUGCCAAAGAAUACGCAUGGCCUGCACGAGCUCGACACCAGCGCGAGACGUAGGAUCUGGGAAAUGCUGGCUCAAAAGAUCCCGCAGCGUGGAUCAACGUAUACAUUCGUCAGCAAGGGUGAGGUGGCCCACGACAACCUACAAGCUUCCACAUCAAAGCCUGGCAGCAAGCUCGCCGCUGAAGUCAGAAACGGCGCAGCAGGAGUGACAGACGGCACCAAGAGCACAGCUGGAGGGCAGUCCCUGCAUGACUCUAUGGAAGCCGCAGACGGCUCAGGCCAAGCAGGUACAAAGACAUCGGCACCGUCGCAGCAUUUCGCAUCGACUUUCCGCAAUCUCCUGCGUCCUGUUGAUAAGCGAGCAGGUGCAUCGACAGCCGCAGAAGAGACAGCAUCCGCGGUCACCGCGCGCUACCCGAGGCUGCCCGAGACUCUCAACCUCUUUGGACCGAAGGACCCGGUCGAUGUCGGCAUCCUCUCGAUGGCAGCUGCACAUCGUCUGUAUGCCUACUACUUCGAACAUCUCAAUCCGUGGGGGAUGAAUUUCGAUCCGUACUUUGUGUCGCACGAUGCGGUACGCGCUUCAUCGUCUUUCCUCUACUCGACCAUCCUGUAUCUUGGCUCGAGAUACAUCGAGCUCGCUGCGGACGAGACACACAGUGACACACUGUCAAUUGCCGGUCCGUCGUUCGCGAGGCCACGUCCGGAUGAUGAUCGAAUCACAACGUUGAUUUCUGCUCAACUAGGCAGCCAUGUGCGCAGCCUCGCGAUCACGGCCUUUGCGAUGGGCGACCGACGGAUGGAGACUGGCGUGGCCAUGUAUCUGUCGUCCGUGUGGAAGGAGGCAGACGAUCACUUCACCAUUCUCUACUGCAGCUAUGCGGCCAAGAUCAUGAGCGACAUUCCGACGGAACUCCUCUCGCUGCUGCCGUCUUCUCAAUCAGGCUCCAAUGCAAGAGCCAAGACUAACGCAAGAGCUGUCGAUGACGCAAGCCUCCACCAACAGAGACUGCGUCGCAACCAACAGCGUCAGUUCCUCUUCCACUUCAUUCAAGAGCAUACGCAGCUGCUCCACUUUGCUCCACGUCCUAACUUCGACCGCGGACCAAGUCUGCUGCGCAACCUGCUCGCAUGGGCGGACGACGGUUUGGCGACGGAAGAUGACGUCCUGCUGUGUGCCGAUAUUGACUCUGUGCUGCUGCAGACCAAGUACAAGUCGAUCAUGGAGCGUGCGCAGGCGCAGGAGAAAGAUACACUGUACGGCGGCAGCGAGUGCUUUUUGCUGCUCCAGAGCUUCAUGGAUGAGCUGGAGGGCUGGACGAGUAGGUGGGAGCUGCAGGCUAGGAAGAUUGAUCAGAGGUUCAGACGCGAGGUCGAGCCGACGGAGGAGGAUGGCAUCGACAGAGAGAAGAACGGCGAUGCGCCACAUGACCAUCUUUCCGAUCGGUCCAGGGGCGACUUUGCCGGUCAUCUGCCUCUCGACGCACGCAUGCACCUGCUGAGUGUGAUGCGCAGCAGUCUGGUGAUGCAGAUCUCGAGUAUCGCCUUCCGUGCUUCGCUACGCGAUAUCAAUAAGGCCAAACCAACCACCUCUAGCAAGUCGUCCAACGUCGGGUCUUCCUCCGCCUUCUCGCCCUCCGCGCUAUCCGCAAUGGACGACCGCGCCGAACAGAUCUACUACACGUGUCUCGACUCGGCUCUCAACCUUCUCGUCCAUACGACACAGCUGCCGCCAUCGAUCCUCCGCCACGCGCAGGACAUGAUCAUGGUCCUCGCCCCGCACGCUGCUUUGCUUGCAACCUACCUCAUCUCCCUCCCCCUCCCCUCGGUCCCGCCCAAUUUCGCGUCCAGCGCAGCAGCAUCCGAACGACUCAGCUACGAGUACGCCAAGGUCAAGACCCGGAUUCGACGGCGAAAAGAGUACGAGCGCAAGUGUCUCGAGCUCAUGCGCGAUACGAGGGAGUCGUUUAGAGCGGCCCGGGUGAGGGCGGACGACCACGUGGAGCUGUGCGCGGGGUACUUUGAUUCGCUGUUGAACGUCAUUGAGGGGGAUAGUGAGAGGGUGGGUGCGGGGACGAAGCGGUCGAGGAGCGCGGUGGGCGAGGAGGAGACGGAGCGCCCAAGGAGCCUUGCAAAGGUCGCCGAUGUGGUCGGGCGGGCGAGCUCUGCUGGUCCACAUGCGCUCAAAGGGACACCAAACCGGCAUCAUGCUACGUCAACCAUGGACACUUCCGCUGCGGAAACCCUGCUCAAUCUGCACGCGGAGCAACCUUCGAACAGCACAGACGCAGAACAGCAGACGGACACAAACUCGCCCGCUCGUCUCGCAGGCUAUUAUGGGCCGUACUUUCCUCAACCUGGCACCACCCCACCGUCGGGGGCAUCGGGCGCGCCCUUCUCACCGGGAAGCUUCAGCACGGGCAUGUUUGGCCACUUCGCCCCCACCACCGCCGGCGGAGGUGCUGCGUCCCCACACCAAGCGCAGAGAUUCCCGCUGUAUCAACCACAGCAACAGGGCGGAUUCGAUGGGUUCGGACUGGCCAUGCCUGGAACGGUCACUCCGACUGCUGGGACGGGAACUAGCACGCCAGUCGACUGGACCUGGUUGCAGAGCUUUUUGGACGUUCCCGAGUUUUCCUGGAUGUAG